CGUCUAUAUACUCACUUACAUCGCGCGCCACUCACCCACCCACUCACUUACACAACACCACAGCACUCCCGCUCAACCUCUCCCACCGCCACCACCAACACCACCACCGCCAUGCUUCUCCCUUUUCUCAUCCCCCUCCUCGGCAUCUCCUCCGCCGUCCUCCUCCCCCCUCCCCCCGGCCCCUAUCCCGUCGCCCUCGCCAUCGCGCCCCUCACCGACCCCUCCCGCCGCGACGACGGCAGCGCCCUUCCCCCGUCCUCAUCCUCAUCCUCAUCCUCCUCGUCUUCAGGCUCUCCGGGGCAUGACGUCCCCCGCCGUCGGAUCCUCGCCUCCGUCUUCGUCCCGCUGCGUGCUCCCCCCACCUCCUCCUCCUCCUCCUCCUCCGCCGACGAUGACAAAGGCAGCAACAAGGUACCCCCUAUUCGUUGCCCCUGCCGCCUGCAGACCCUGCCGUACAUGACCCCCGCCGUGGCGGCCUCGUACGGCGCCCAGGCGGUGCAGUAUGGCCUUCCUGAGGAUCUGUAUGCGCGGUUUGAGAUGCAGACGUGCGAUCCUGGGUUCAUUCCGGCGCCGCAGCGCUGUCAUUUGCGUCAUAGUCGUCGUCAUGGUCGACGCAGCGGCAAGGAUGACACCCCGGUGAGGCGUGAUACGAGCAACGGCAACGACACUGCCAUCAACGGCGACCGGGACGGCGACGAUUGCAAAACUCCCCCCGUCGACAGCAACACCACCAGCAGCAGUAACAACAAUAACAGCGAUGCAAGCGGCAGAGGCGGCGGCGGCAGACAAGCGCAGCUCAUCGUCCUCACCCCCGGCCUCGGCGAGUCCCGCCUCCUCUACUCGGCCCUCGCGCGCGCCCUCGCCAGCACAGCAGGCCUGCCCGUCGUGCUGCUCGACCACCCGUUCGAGGCGCUCCCGGGCGUCGAGUUCCCCGACGGGAGCGUCGUGCCGGGGGUGGACGUCUCGGCGGACGAUGAGCCGGCGCUGGGGAGGCUCGUUAGGGUCCGCGUCGACGAUAUAUCCUUCCUCCUGAAGAACAUCCCCAUGCUCCUCGCCGCUCUCCCCCCUCCGCUGCGGCAGCACCUCGAGCAUCACCACCACGACCUCCUUUCCCGACCCCAAUCCCAGUCCCACGCGCGCGCCAUCGUCAUCGGACACUCCCUCGGUGGCUCCGCCGCCAUUGCCGCCCUCGCACACGACCCCGCGGCCGUCCUCGCCGCCAUCAACCUCGACGGGCGGGUCGUGGAGCCUGCGCGGGAGGUGGCGCCGCUUGGGGAGCGGCAGCAGCACGACGCGCGCGCGGAGAGGAGCACGGAGGUGAAGAAGACGAAAAUGAAGAAGACGGAAAUAAAGAAGACGGAGAGGACGGAACAGGAGAGGAAGAAGAUGAAGAAGCAGUGCGAUGGGUAUCGCCCCCUCGUGCAGCUCGGUCGCCCGUCGCACCGCGUCGAGGACCCGACCUGGGACGCAUCCUGGCCGUACCUUAACUGCAAUUACAACUCUAGCUCCUCCAAGUCCACCUCCAAGUCCACCUCCAACAGCAGCAGCGUUCAAAGCUCCCACAACUCCAGCAUCACGAGGAACAACACCAGCUGCGGCCCCGUCGUAGAGUACUCCCUCGCCAACACCACGCACGCCGCCUUCACCGACCGCCCGCUCCUGCUGCGCGGCGCGUGGGCCUCGCUGACGGACGCGCAGAGGGGGAUGGCGGCCGGGCUGGUGGGCGGGAUGGCGGCGCGGAGGCUGGAGGAGGUGCUGCUGCGGGGGGUGGUGGGGAGGGUGCUGGAGGUGGCGAGGGGGGAUGAUUAUCGCCGCGAGGGGGGGGAUGAUCGUGGUCGCUGUGGUGGUGGUGGUGGUGGUGGUGGUGAUGGUGAGGUGUUGCUGGGGGAGAUAGGGAGGGCGUAUCACGAAGUAGAGGUCGUGCGAAGCAGGGCGCUAUGA